AUGAACAAAACCUGUGAAUAUUUUUUGAUUGAAAACCCGCAUACCUCUACGGUCAUUCCGUUGUCGAUUUUUAUUACUAUUUUAUCAACUAUUGUGAAUCUCGUAGGGUUCUAUGUGAUUUUGUUCAAGUCUACAAAAGAGACCAAGCUCUAUCUUUUCACACUAUUCGGAAAUCAGCUCUCGUUAUGGAUAGCUCAAGGAUUUUGGGCAAUAUUUAUGAACACUAUGCCACUUUUCCCAUUUCCUGCAUUUUACUCAACGAAUGUUUUCAAUUUUUCAACGCAUGCCACCAUUCAUAUCUGGGUUCUAUUAUUGGGCGUUUUUGCGGUUUUCCUAGGUUGUCAAUUGAUUGUUCGGCACAAGAUGAUUGUUCGUGCAAGUAGUUUCUUUAAUUUCGAUAAUUGGGUCUACAUAUGUGCUCUAAUCCUUGGAUGGUGCUUGCUAAAUGGAUCACUUCUCACUGUUUGGACACUUUUCAACAAUCCGUACGCAGAAAAGUUUCUAGAAAUUCAAAAAAGCUUCCCGGGUUGCCAAAAAGUUUUUGAUUUGCCUGGAGUUUUAGUCAUCACAGAUGCAAACCUGUUAUACGUUUGGUUGGGAUUAAUGGCGUUAAUCGGAAUUGCAGUGGAUGGUGCCUACGCCGUUUCCAGUUUUCUGAUGCUUUUCGAAUUAUUUAAACAAACGAGCAAAAUGAGCAAGAAUGCAUUUGCACAUAUGAAAAAAGUGGUUGUAGACACUAUUGUGCAGAUUCUCAUCAAGUCCCUAUUUAUCUCUACAUGGGCAUUCUGGAUUGUUAUAUCCUACUUUGUUGAUAAGAACGUUGACACAAGAGCUGCGUCCACAAUCAUCAACUCGCUGUUCGUAGCCGCCCCGAUUCCCGGAACUAUUUCGAUGAUGGUUCAAAAUGCUAGCUACCGAAAAUUUAUAACCGAAACCAUAUUGCGCAGAAAACGUUCCGAAGUCAAUCCGUACCAAUCUACACUUCCAGGCCGUCUUUGA